GAGUGCAGCCCUGGACGGGAUCACUGACUGUACCAGUUGGCGCUGAUGCAUGAAAUACACAAUUUCCUCGUGGACUCAAAGGUGCCUACAAAAAUGGAAACAUGAACUCCGUUUGGAACUGAAUUUGAAUGAUAGAAACCACGUUGCGUAACGGAGACCGCUCUUACAACAGCGACGGACUGGUGCGCCCUGGCACCAAAGGAGAAGUUGUCGGCCGCCGCUCGCCAAACUUCACCGACGAGCGGAGCGCAUUGAAGGGGGGGAGACUGGAUGUAUAUACGCACCGUGUGAAAUUGACCAUGAGUAUUUGUAAUGUGAUUUUAUAAUUAAUAACUUAAGAUUCCAAUUAUUCCCAAAGUGUUGCGCUUGUUUUGCCGUGCCAAUGCUGGAAUGGCUUGUAGCUGUCUGCAUUGUGAUCCUGGUGGUCUUAAUUUGGCCAGGCUCCAAAUAUUUUGGCACCGAGAGCCAACCGGAUGCACCGCUCCAGGCAAUGGGGGUUUCACGGCAGCCGGCGAGAGAGAGGACAGCCGAGAGGUGUGUGUCAAACCGAGGGGGUAACGACGGUGCCCAGACGGUGUCUUCCGACGCGGGCACCGGUGAGAAAUCUCCCACCGUGGCACUAAUAUGCAAGCCGUCCGCGCUCGCCAACUACCUGCUCAAACACUGCAGGACUUUCAACGAUUACGUGCCGUGUGUGGGGUGGACGUGGCGGGCGAGCGGCUUUCUCCAGAGCCUGUAUGAGGUGUGCUGGCCCUACGACAGCCCGGUCCAGUUUGUGCGGGACAACCUGCAGCUGAGCGACGAUGGGCUGGUGGCCUUGGACUGGGCAGUGCCGUCUUACCAGAAACGACGCAGGACCUCCAGUCAUUCCACCAGUCCCGUUCUUCUAAUCAUCCCAAACUCUUUUGGGAGGAUCACCAGAAACGUGUUAAAGCUCUGUGAAGCAGCUCUGUCUCAUGGCUACCUUCCUGCUGUCUUCAACCGCCGCAGUCAUAACGGCACCCCCCUCACCACCCUCAAACUGCAGCAGUUCGGUGACCCUGGAGACUUGCGGGAGGCCGUGCGCUAUAUCCGCUACAGGCAGCCUGCAGGAAGGCUGUAUGCAGUGAGGGAGAGCACCGGGUCGGGCCUUCUCCUGUCUUACCUGGGGGAGUGUGGAUCAUCCAGCUACGUGACAGCGGCUGUCUGCCUGUCACCCGUGUUCCGCUGCCAGAGCUGGUUUGAGAACGGGCUGUGUUGGCCUCUACAGUGGGCCCUGACGCUCUACCAGAAGAUGUGCCUCAGCAGAUACAGGACAGUGCUGGGAGAGACUGUAAAGACAGACAUGCUGUUUUCUAGUUGCUCCCUGCGUGGUGUGGAGGAAGCUCUGUUCUGUCAGACUGCACAUGUAGGAGCAGCAGCAGCAACAGGGACCAGCAGUGCUAACAACAGCUCAGGUGCCUGGGAUGCCUACUGGGAACGAAACGAGCCCUUAAGGGACGUGGAUGAAGUGGCAAUCCCUGUUCUGAGUGUGUGCGCUCAGGACGACCCGAUCCGCGGCGACACCCAGUCCACCUUGCCUUUGGAACUCUUUGAGACCAACCCGCAUUUCUUUCUCCUCUUAACUGGCCGUGGAGGUCACUGCGGCUUCUCCACCCUGUCCGACGGGAGCGCCAUCGGUGCAGCAGGUGCCGUCGGUCCUGCUGCCGGUUUGAACAGUGGGAUUGGAAACCCUGGGACCAGCUGGAGCCACAGGGCUCUGCUGGAGUUCUUCCGAGCGACCACAGACUUUUUUGCUGCGGAGGAGAGAAGCAAACAGCUCGCAGCGAGGAGGAGGGGCCUGGGGGGGAGCAGUGGAGGGAGGGUUUUCCGGCACCGCAGUGUCAGUACAUAUAAAAGAAUGCCAGCGUGUUCCCAUAAUAUCCAUGCCAUUUAUAAUUGGCAGAGGUCCUAUACACGAUGAGUGAUGUUAAUGGAUGUUAAUGGACUACACUCAUGUUAUGCUUUUUGAUAUUAUUAGAAUUGGGAACAGGAAGGACUCAACGGGCUCUCUGCCGCUCAGCUAAGGUGUGACGGUAACUUAUACAAGUGCUUGUUAUUGUUUAAGAAAGCGUGGCGUACUUUGCAACAUAUGAAGAUUCACCAGAAUGAAGCAGGAGAAGAUGUGUAUUGCUCUCUUACACUCCUCAUGUGAGUCAGAACACACUACAAGACACAAACUGGUCACAAGCUUACACCUAGACCUUACACCUCACUGCUGAACGCAGCAACGUAACUCUAAAGCUGGGUACUUUUCUACGGACCACUGUGCAAGUCUCCUCACUGCCAACCGUCUCAACUGAAGGAUUCUGCCACAGUAUUAAUUUAUUUUGAUAUCACUUUAUUUUGAUGUACCACUGUUGACUCUCAGUAAUGCAUUUGAUACUCAAGUGUAUCCUCUGACAGUAAAAUGUCAAAUAUUAUAUUUCAAACAUUUCAAAAGAUUAUCAGUUAAUAAUUUUCCGCUAAAUACUGAAAAAUGCUCAGUAAAGUAUCUGUAAUUUUUGUCAAGUGAUUGUCGAGCACGCCUGCUUAAAUUGCCAUCAGCAGACUGUUAGGGUCAAGAAACACAUACUAAAAUGUGGCUGACAUUGGGGUUCAUGGUUAGAAUUGGGACAGGUGUGGACUUGAGUCACAUGAGUUGGACUUGACUUGGACUCAAGUCACAAAUGAGAUGACUUUAGACUCGACUUGACAAAAUCAAGAAAGACUUGUGACUUUAACACCAAUUACUCAUGACUUCACUUGGACUUGGGACUUUUGACUCACAUCAACCACAGGGAGGGAAGGUGGGAGGGACAAAGGCACUUGUGUGCAUCUGCUUGUGUGUAAGUGUGUGUGUUAGGGAGAACAGGGCAGAAGAGUGAGUGUGUGUGAGUGUGUGUGUAAGAGAGAGGGAGAGAGAAGAGAGAGAGAGAAGGGAAAAGCCAGUUGUGUGAGGAGUAAGUGAAAAAAUACUUGCACAAGAAGUACACCCUGCCAUUCUUUGGGACAAACUAAAUGCAGAGGUGCCUCAUUAUUUCACAACCUUUUUUUUUUUUUAUUAUUCCCAACAUGAUUAACAGUCACAACUGACUUGCAAGCUGACAUGUGGUGUGCUAAUGGACUGUGUGCAAUAAUUUGUAUAAACAGGACAGGCAGAAGUAAAAUAAAUGAUUAAAUUAUUAAAUUAAGCCUGGUACAGAGAGCAUUGGGACCCUGUUAGGACUUAAGCCUCGAAGUUUAGGACGCUGGACUUGGCUGGGAUUUGUCAGACUUCACUCAUUACUCGACUUGAGACUUUUUUGUGACUUCCAAGUGCUGGUUCAUACCUUAGAGGAUUUUGUCAUUAUCAUCAUGUGUUUUUUAGUUAACCAGGAAAGGCUCAUUGAGAUUAAACAUUUAUAUGGAGCAUCCUGGCCAAGAGAGGCAGCAGCACAAAUAAGAGAGUUACAGACAAACAAGAACAUCUAACUAAUCUAAUCUAAGUUCAGGAUCAGUUGAGCCAUGAAGAAAAAGGCUGAUGUGUAGAACUGAUAAGUAGAAAUGUGUUUUUAACUAGCUGGUACAGAGACUGUGUAACUACUUGUUUGCAUUCAACUUAUGGAGAGUCAAAAGUGGACUAUCAAAAUAAAGUCUAACCUUAGUUUAUAGAUCUGGCACACAUUGUACACACUUUGUUGUAUAAAAAUAACAUCAUUCGGGAUGUUUGACCCAUUGACACUUCUCUGAAAUUUGACUUAAGGGUAUUUAUUGCAGAGCAGAAAUAUUUAAAGUCCAGUCCUGAAUGUCAAAAGAGUUUUAAGACCUCAUGCAAUGUUAUUGUUAAUAGUGCCAUUUAUGAGAAUUAUUAUCUGUAUUGUUGAAUGUCCUCUUCUCUGUUAGAAGAUAUCUUGUUAUGGUCAGAAUACCAGGAUUUCUGUGUGUUGACCACCCAGGCAGCUCUUAAAGGAAAAUCUGUGUCAUGACGUGCCGAGGUGAGGUGUAUUUUGCUGGGCUGGCCGGGUGGAAGCACACUGUGGCUUUUCCCAUCUCAUAAUUUUAACUCUGUGGUCCAACGUUUCCUUUGACUUCUUUCAAAGUGCUGUAGAUACUAUAGAUGUGGUAAGGUUGAAAUGUUAGCAGGUUUUGCAGGGAUGUAGUAUUCAAGGUUGUCUCAGAAAAUACAACAACUAUCAGGAGCACGAAUGCUGUUGGAAACAUUGUAGCAGCCCCUUUUCUAAGGAAAAUGCACAAUUUGAAUUUCUCCUGGUGCAUUAGACAAAUAAAGCAAAGAAAUUAAUUAUUAUGCAGUACCUGUUUUGUUUUGUGUGGUCAGAAAAACACUUAAGUGGCCAGCUUAAGAGUUUAAUAAGCAGGGAAAACCCUCAGUUUAGUGUAGCAGAAAGGGAGGCCAACACAUGAAGCUAUAAGCACUGUUUGUUAAAAGAUCAUGUUCUUCUGUUGUUUUAUAAACAUGCUAUAUACAUGUUGAUUGUGUUACAUUAUG